AUCUGCACGCUGCUCCAGUCGUCCAUGGCUUUGUAUGUUUACAGUGAGAAUUGUAUGGCAGGAAUUUUCUAACAUCAAAUAUUUAAACAUAAUUUGCAUCGAUACAAAAGUCCCAAUGGAGACAGAGAUCCUGUGACACAGGUAAGCCACCAAUGAUUCGGAUGGAGUCCUCACGGAGCACAGGGGGUCACUCCCGCGAGUACAAGUUGGUGAUGUUAGGAGAAGGGGGUGUGGGCAAAAGUGCCAUCAUCAUGCAGUUUAUAAGUCACAGAUUUCCAGAGGAUCAUGACCCUACUAUCGAGGACGCCUAUAAAACACAGAUCCGCAUCGAUGAUGAGCCAGCAAACCUGGACAUCUUGGACACAGCAGGACAGGCGGAGUUCACAGCGAUGCGUGAUCAGUACAUGCGAGCAGGAGAAGGUUUCAUCAUCUCGUACUCCAUCACGGAUCGCCGCAGUUUCCAGGAGGCACGGCACUUUAAGCAGCUGAUCUACCGUGUGAGACGCACCGUGGACACCCCCGUCGUACUGGUGGGAAACAAGUCUGACCUGGCCCAUCUCAGACAGGUGUCUGUCGAAGAGGGCAAACAGUUGGCGAGAGAGUUCCAGUGCCCGUUUUUUGAGACCUCCGCAGCGUUCCGUUAUUACAUCGACGAGGUGUUUGCCGCACUGGUGCGUCAGAUCCGCCAGCGUGAGGCCGAGAUGGUGCGGGGAAGCGAAAGGAAAACCCGACGCAGCCAUUCUUUCUGGAGUCGCCUUAAAGCCCCCUUCCACAAGAAACAGCAGUCCGAGCACUGAGAGAGCCACAAAAAAAAAGGCCAUGUUCGAAAACCGUGGCCUUCCAGAUGAUUGUUCUCUCACCUACAGCUGUAUUAGUCCCACCUCUUUCAGAUGGUUUGGGAACUGUAUUUAUAGUUCAUGUUUGAUUGUUUGCAAUGAUGCACUCCCAAUCGUUUUGGUUAGACUACAACCCUCACUGUGCAGGACACACUCACUCGUCAAAUGGGACGUGGGCUGAUUUACUGAUAUUAGAGAUUACGAAAGAAAUAUUAAACUUGACAGUAGUUUU